AAAAAACCCUAAAAGCAUUCAUUGUGUAAAAUUGAGAUUGGAGAAGAAAGACAGCUUCUUCCCUUUGUUGAUAGCUAUAAGUGAAUUUUUGAGCAUUCCGAGCAUGUUAGUUGGAGGUAGCUCAUGAAUUCUCUGGGGGAAAAGGUCCAGAUAUUUAAAAUUAUCUAUAGGAGCUAAGAUCUAUGCCUGGAAACGAAUAUGGAGAGAGGAUCCACAAUUUCUUUGGACAGGAGGGUUUAUCUCAAGACCAGCAUCAGUCUCAAGUUGUUGACGGAAGCUGGUCUGGUUUUAGUAACGGUUUAGGUGGGAAUCAGAGGCAGAUAGACCCAUCUCUUGGUACACAACAAUCUGAUUAUCCUGAGAGAGGGCAAUCUUCAAAUUCACAGCAUGGUUUUGCACAGCAGCAGCCUAUAAGGCCUGAGUACUCCAGAAGUCUGUUGCAAGAUAAUCAGCAACUCACAAAUGGCUACAUGCAUGGGCAGGCAAUGCGUAACGGGUCAAAUUUUUUGGGAAUGGAUGUGACAUCUAGUAGGGAUAAUUUAUCAGCGAAAGGAUUUUCUCCAGAUGUUCACCAAAUUCCUAUGAGGUUUGAGAUGGGAGAAUCUCCGGUUAAUUAUGAUUUCUUUGGUGGUCAACAACAAUUAAACAGCCAGCUCCCUGGCAUGCUCCAGCCUUUUCCAAGGCAGCAGAUGACAUUCAAUGAUAUGCAACUGCUGAAGGAGCAAGCUAUGGUUAAGCAAAUGCAUCAAUAUCAGAUUCAACAACAGCUUCAAAAGCAACAGCUAGAGGCCAGGCAGCUCAAUCCUUUGAAUCCAAAUGGAGUUAGUGGAAAUCGCUCAAGUAAUUAUCAGUCACAUCCUUUGAUUAAUGGCGUCCCUAUUCAGGAUGCGUCUGGUAAUAAUUGGCAGCCUGAUCUUAUGACGGGAAAUACAAACUGGAUGCAUCGCGGCGUUUCUCCCGUUGUUCACGGUAUGUCCAGUGGGCUCAUGAUUACCCCUGAGCACGGGCAAGCGAACUUACUGGCACAACAGUUUGAACCGUCCUUAUACGGUAUGCCUCUUGGUGGGAUAAAUGCAUCUCAAAAUUCCUUUUCUUCCGUUCAGAUGAACAGAUUACCUGCGCAACAUGGUUCCUCACUCAUCAAUCAGCCUACUUCAUUUAUGAAUCAAGGUGCUGUACAGGAUGGUCAUAUGCUCCCUAGAUCCUCAUACCAGGAGAAAGUGUUGUUCUCCCAUACACCAGUUCCAGAUUCAAGUAAUAGGCCAAAUUUUGAAAGUUUCCAGCAAGAUGAUUCUCAUGAGAGAAACAUUUCAGUGCAGGAGAAAUUUGGUCAGGUGGAGGGUUCUGGUCCAUCAGAAAAAUCAUAUAUGAAAGAGCCUGAAAAUGGUACUUCAUUACAGAAGUCCACAACAUUGGAUCCAGCAGAAGAAAAGAUUUUGUUUGGUUCGGAUGAUAAUUUGUGGAAUGCAUUUGGAAGCGACACUGAUAUGAGUUUGACGGGAAAUUUGAUGUCCAGUAGUUCUGACCUUUUGGAUGCAUCCCCCUCUAUGAAACUUGGAAGUUGGAGUGCUCUUAUGCAAUCAGCUGUUGCAGAAACUUCCAGUAAUGACGCAGGCUUCGGUAGUGUGGCCCAGAAUUUGGGUGUCAAGGCUUCAAAUGUACCAAGUGAGAGAAUCCGCAGUGAUUCCACUCGGACAUCUGCUCAACAUGUGCAUGAAAACGGUGUGUUGGAGAAGCCACGGGCUCAACGUAAUCAGAUGGGAGGUAAUUUUUUUAAUUCUUCAAGCUCUGGGAUUGAUGGACAGAAUAAUUCGCGUGCUGUUCAAAAGAAUGAGGGCGUUGAAGAUAGAUUUGGUAUCUGGAAGGCUGCUUCUAAUCCUAGUUCAGCUGCUCCGGUUGAACAGAAGAAUCAUUUCACUCAAAAUCUACAAAUGCAAAGGGCAAGCUAUGGAUUUGACAUUGCCAAUGGAAGAAAUAAUUCUAGUGCUUCUAGGGACGUCCAGGGUAAUAUUCAACAGGAUUUGAAUAAUAACUCUGUUGAGAAAGCUAUCCCUCAAGUAAACUCUAGAGAUGGCAGUCGUAUUCUAGAGUCAUAUGCGAGUAAAAAUGCCGGUGAAGUCAGGGCUGAAACAAACGAGAUGAGGAACUCUGGAAAGGAGAUUUUAAAUGACAGUUCUCGAUUGAAAUUCUCACAACAGUCUUUAACACAUGAGUUUAAAAAAGAUACUCAGGUAAAUGCCCCUGAUUUGUCUAUGUUUCCUGGUGGGAAAGAAACACAAGCUGGUCAUGUCGGGAGUAAGCCAUCGAUAAGUCGCAUGUUUCAGUAUCAUCCCAUGGGUAAUAUUAGUGUCAGUGGUGAGCCUAAUCGAGAAAAAGUUUCUCAUUUGCCUCCAGCAUUGGAGCAGGUUUCUGUAGGAAAUCAAGGGUAUUUUGGGCAGUCAAAGCCUCUUGGUCAGCCACCUAUGAACAUGCAAAUUGACAGGGGACAUGUUUCACAAAACGACUUGAAUUGCAGAAAUGAGGCUUUUAAAGGACUGCGUUCAGAAAAUUUAAAUAAUGCAUCUUCUUCAGCUGACAGAAGUGUUGAUCAAAGUAAUCAAAUGAAGAGUGUGUCAAGGCAGCCUAUGCUUGAGCUUCUUGACAAGGUGGACCAGUCGCAGGAGCAUUCGUUGGAAACAGAUGUUUCUAGGACGUCCGAAGCAACACCCUCUGCAGAAAAUGAUAGUCAAUUUCGGCACAGUCAGUCGUCUGGUUCUCAGGGGUUUAGUUUACAGCUGGCUCCGCCAUCUCAACCAGCUCCCUCACCUGAUGACAUGCAGUUUUCUAUGAAUUCUUUGCAGCCAUUAAAAGGAGGAACAAGUCAAUCAAGGUUUGCUCCGUGGGCAUCUAAUCAAUCUAUUCCCCAGCAAUUCAAUUAUCAAGGACCAAUUUCUGGUUCCCCAGGAGAAAGUAGCAUUACCUCGGGGUUCCCUUAUUCCAGAGGGUAUCACCAAAAUCAACUGAUGCCUGUUGCCACUCGACAAUCAGUUUCUAACCAUUUAGUCGGCUCAUCUUCUGAAUUGUCCACCCCUCAAGUGAAAGAAAGAGAAGAACGCAGUGACUUUGAUCAACAUGGACAUUCGGCACAAACACCCUCCCCACUAAAUCCUACAACCCACAGUAACAAAGGAAAUUCAGCUGAAGGAUUUACUAUGCUGUCUGCUCCUCAGCCUCCGGUUGCAUCCAGCUCGCCUAAGCAGAGUUCCUCCUCCGGUUUGAUGUCUGAUUCACGAGCCGGUACUUUAGCUCCGCAACAUCGGUUUUGGAACCAGCCAUCUAAACCUCAGCCAGAUAUGUUACAGCCUCAUCCAUUUUCCAACAGCCACGUACAAAGCAGCUUCACAAGUCAGGAGAAGAAAAAUCAAUUAUCCUCCCAAAAUGGAGGAGACAUAUCAUUAAGUGGAAGGGACACGGUGAAUAUGCUUGGUUUGCAGGGUAAAGAUAUGGGUGCAAAACAUACAUCUAAUGCUGCUUCCAUGUUCUCCAAAAUGGUGCAUAGCAAUCAUCAAACCUUUGAUAGCUCCCUUCCUUCAAACAACCUUCCGAAAGAUAACUUGCGUCACGAUGAGCAUAUGGUUGGAAGUGGGGAGGGUGACGCACCCAAGAUGACUGUGAAGAGAGUGGAGGAUAGUUCUGUUCAUCUUCAAAAGGUAGCUUCCAAAGGAGAGCAACAAUCACCUUCAAGAUCUGAUGGUUUAGUUAGAGAUGGAUUGAAUCACAAGGAAGCAGCGAACCAGAUGCUGCAUUUUGGCAAAACUGUUUCUCAGAGUUUCUCCAAUAAGAACCAUUCAGCCUCGGGUGCAGCAGAUCAUCAACAAAUCAGUCCACAGAUGGCCCCAUCAUGGUAUAGUCAAUAUGGGUCUUUCAAGAAUGGACUGGUGCAACCCGUGAAUGAUACAGGGAGAUUCACUUCCUUGAAGAUAGGAGAACAAGCUUCUAAUGUUGGGAGUUCGGCUGAUGGCUUACAUUCUGUUCCAUCGUCAAAGCAGUUUAAUAUGCAGCAUAUGCCAGGCUCCACACAAGGACCGGAAACUCCCUCUUCCGAGUCACUGGCUACUGACAAAUCUCUGAAGGUUGUUAAACCAAAGAAGCGAAAAACCGCCACAUCUGAACUUCUAUCAUGGAAUAAAGAAGUCACGGAGGGUCCUCUCAGGCUUAAGACUCUCAGUGACGCGGAAGUUGAAUGGGCUAGAGAGACUAAUCGAUUUGUUGAAAAAGUGGAGUUCGAAACUUUACUUGAAGAUGGCCCACCUAUCAGAUCAAAGAAAAGGCUUAUAUAUACAAGACAACUCCUGCAACAACUAUUUAGCCCGCCUCCAGCUAGGGUGAUAUCUUUGCUUGCCAGCUCAAAUUAUGAGUUUGUUGCAUAUACUGCUGCAAGAGCUGCUCUAGGAGAUGCAUGUAGCUCAACUUCUACUCACAUGAGUGAGAUGUGUUCUCCCCGAAACAAAUCAAACCCGCUGUCUGAGAGAACGAAAGCUGAAACAAUCAGUGACGAGUACAUCUCCAACGCUGCCAAAGACUUUAUUAGUAGGUCUCGGAAACUAGAGACUGACUUUGCAGGACUACAAAAUGGAAUUACAGUUGCAGACUUGAGCGUCGAAGUCCAGGAUCUAGAGAAGUUUGCAGUGAUCAAUCGUUUUGCAAAGUUCCACCCAACAUCCUCAUCAAUGGACCGGACUGUGAGUUCACUUAAGUUAAACCCACAAAGAUAUGUUACGAUAGCUCCAAUGCCUCAGAAUAUUCCAGACAGGGUACAAUGUCUCUCCCUCUAACUAUUGAUGAAUCCAGAUUAUUCUGUGUUUGGCCAAUGUUCCCCAUUCAUUGUUUUAUGUGUAUCUCGUGCCCCCCAAGUCUCUCUAUUUUUUUGGGGUGGGUAUGAGUUAGUUUGGUCAGAAUCCUGAGAACAAUGAAGGCUUCCAUUGUCGGGAAGCCGGAGAUUUCCUACUAGACAUGUAGCAUUAAUGUAUGCAUUACCACGAAUAUUGUAAGUCAAGAUCAUUUGUAUACUUAGUAAAGAAGAGUUGCUC